CGUGAUAUUCUCUCCCGCGCACGCUGUAGCCUAGUUCCUCCUCAGUCGAUGUGGAUGUGCGUGUGGCUCUGCUUGCAGUUGCACGUCAAUCCUUGGGUAGGAAGACGUCCGUUCCGUCCACAAGAACCUUCUUGAGGGAAAAUGAGCAAAGCAAUUAAGGGAUUUGGAUGAAAGAACCAGCCCACCGCUCUAGUUUGAGAAUAAUUAAGGCUUGCCGCAAUUCAUCUUAAGAAGCAUCUUUGAGCCCUUUGCUCAGGGGAGAACACGGCAAAGAUGCACUUAAAGAUGAAUACAUGGGGGGUCUAAAAUAUACCACGAGGAUGUAGAUGACUUCUUCUACUUGCAGAUUGUAUGCGGAGGUGCUGAUUAUAGACGAAUGAUGCCCUAUGUGCAGAAGUGCAUAGAUGAAACAUUGUAAACAAGUAGAGGCGGACAACUCUCGAGGAAGUUACCCGUUACUUGCGGACAACUCUCGAGGUCCAGAUAGUGAUCUUGAUACGAGUAGCCGUCUCGACCAGGUGAGAUGAGAUAAUACCAAUCCUCUAUCCCGCACUAGACAUAACCAGUAAAGUCUCAGAGUCAGAAUGCUCUCCUCUCUAGAGUAGACAUAACCCGUUGAAUCUCAGGCCCUGUUAUACUAAAAUUUCUAUACUCGUGGAGCGUAGUUUCACUCGUGUAUGUGGAAGAUGAUCUCUAGUUCUAAUAUAUGAGGAGCAGUUCAUUAAUUUGUAGUUAAAGUUAUACGUAUCUGUAUUUAAGGAUCUGAAAUUUAUUCGCUUAUUGGUAUGCGUAGUUCCUUGCCCUUGUCGAGUCGGUGCAUUCAUGGACUCCAUUGUUCAUCUUCAUUUUAGGCCCUGUAGAAGAUGAAUCCCGAGGAUAAUAUUAAUAAGAUAUCAUGAUGUUUGUAGUUCGACUAGAUAAUUGCUAUGAGUUUCGAUUCGAAAGAAAUGGCAGUAUUGUGGAAGAUCUAACAUAUAUGUCAGGAUCAGGAAGGUGACCUUUUGUGGACGUAUCAAGGAGUUGUCCUCGUGUGCCGCAUCUUGAUUGUUUAUCUUGAAGUAGAUCAUCUUUAAAGACCACUAUCUUCACUACAUUUUUUGCGGACCACGAAGGAACGAUGGUGGAUGUACGUGAGAAAUUCCAUCUAAGUAGGCUCGUAAAAAAC